AUGGAGGAGAGAAAGUACGAGUCGUUUUUGUACUACUUGACGAAGCUGGACCCCAAGGCGAACCACGUGUGGAUGCAGAGUGCGGCCACCCUCGAGCGCGCCAUCAGCCGAGUGGUCAUGAAGCGAGAUGGGAACGAAGAUGGCUUACCUGGUGGGGAUGAGGCCCGGAGGGAUGACCUCACGCGGCUGGCGCUGUUUGCGUACCAGUCCUACCUCCGGGCCUACGCAGGGCACUCCAGAGAGCUCAAGGCCCGUGUUUUUAAUUCGGACGUCCUCCACCUUGGCCACGUCGCGCAGAGCUUUGGCCUCGACAAGAAACCCAGCGAGGUGCGGGCGCAGCUUCAGAGCUUUAUCCGGGAGGACCGAAAGGUCGCGCGAGGGGCGUCCUCCCCCGGCACUCAAGAGGAGGGGCGAGGGAGCGGUGGCCCCGGAAGCCGCAGGAGACCGAAGGUGGAGGUGCGUCACGAUGACCGCUACCGGAGCACGAUGGUGCAGAAGCAGCGCAAGGUGACGCGGGAUUGGUUUGAGCGGAAGAGAAACGAGGCGCCGGCACAUAAAGCCCUUCAAUUCACGGAGUUUGACGCAUAA